CACAAGCCACCAUUAAUCUUCUCUUCAUAUCUUCUCCACUUAUUAAUCCUUGCUUCUCCUUUAACUCAUGGCUGCCCAAAGACCACUUGAACACCAACAACGUCCAUCCGUGGAAAUAUCUUCCAUCCAUGUGAACGAUCAUGAGAAAAACCAACACCAAUUACAAGAAAAUGAGUUUGACUACUCUCAAAGGGCACAGUGGCUUCGAGCUGCUGUAUUGGGAGCCAAUGAUGGGCUCGUUUCUGUCGCCUCACUAAUGAUGGGUAUUGGAGCUGUCAAAAAAGAAAUCAAACCCAUGCUUCUUGCUGGUUUUGCAGGCUUAGUUGCUGGCGCUUGCAGUAUGGCCAUUGGAGAGUUUGUCUCUGUGUACACUCAGAGGGACAUAGAAAUAGCUCAAAUGAAGAGAGAUCAGGAAAGAGCUCAAGCAAGAGGCGAUGAUAGUGAAGAAGAGAAUGGAAGGGAGGAACUUCCGAAUCCUGCACAGGCUGCAAUGGCAUCCGCUCUUGCGUUUUCAGCAGGAGCAGUUGUGCCAUUAGUGGGGUCUGCAUUUAUAAGAGACUAUAGAGUGAGACUUGGGGUGGUGGUUGCACUGGCGAGCAUGAUGCUGGUGGCGUUCGGAACAGCGGGAGCGGUGCUCGGGAGGACUCCGGUGGUGAAGUCGUGUGUUAGGGUACUGAUCGGAGGCUGGAUGGCCAUGGCCCUCACCUUUGGGCUCACCAAGUUAAUUGGCUCCGGUGGGCUAGAAAUGUGAAUGGCUUUGUUAUCGUUAUUAAAUGCAUCCUUUGGUUUUUUAUUGCAGCGU